CGGAUCUGCGGAGACCUCAGCUUCGGCGCCCGGGCCGCCCCGCCUCUGCCGGACAGUCUGCACCGCCGCCUCCGCUGCCCGCAGUCCAGGGCAACCCGAAUCCGCGCUCUGCCGCAGCGCAGGCCAGCCGCCUCCGCGAUCCGGCGCGCCCAGUCGCACGUGGCGGACCCGCCCCCUGGGCCAGCAGUGUCCUGGACUCCGCGGGUUACCACUCUCCGGUCCUCGGCUCUGGCCCCGCGGCCGCGAUGAGCUUCCUGAGCCGGCAGCAGCCGCCGCCGCCCCGUCGCGCCGGGGCCGCCUGCACCUUGCGGCAGAAGCUGAUCUUCUCACCCUGCAGCGACUGUGAAGAGGAAGAAGAAGAAGAGGAGGAGGAGGGCAGCGGCCACAGUACCGGGGAGGACUCGGCCUUUCAGGAACCCGACUCGCCGCUGCCGCCCUCGCGGAGCCCCGCGGAGCCUGGGCCCGAGCGCCGCCGCUCGCCCGGCCCGGCCCCCGGCAGCCCCGGGGAGCUGGAGGAGGACAUGGUGCUGCGGGGCGCCUGCCCGGGCGUGGACGGGGCGGGCGGCGGGGCCGAGGGCGACUCGUGGGUGGAGGAGGGCUUCGGCUCCUCGUCGCCCGUCAAGUCGCCGGCCUCUGCCUAUUUCCUGAGCAGCUCAUUCUCGCCGGUGCGCUGCGGCGGCCCAGGGGACGGGUCGCCGCCGGGCUGCACGGCAGGCGAGGGCCCGUGCUCGCCGCUGCCGGACCACCCGGGCACCCCGCCGCAUAAGACUUUCCGCAAGCUGCGGCUCUUCGACACGCCGCACACGCCCAAGAGUUUGCUCUCUAAAGCUCGAGGAAUUGAUUCCACUUCUGUUAAACUUCGGGGUGGUUCUCUCUUCAUGGAUGCAGAAAAAUCAGGAAAAAGAGAAUUUGAUGUGCGACAGACGCCUCAAGUGAAUAUUAAUCCUUUUACUCCGGAUUCUCUGUUGCUUCAUUCCUCAGGACAGUGUCGUCGAAGAAAGAGAACAUACUGGAAUGAUUCCUGUGGUGAAGAUAUGGAAGCCAGUGAUUGUGAGUUUGAAGAUGAAACAAGACCUGCUAAGAGAAUUACAAUUACUGAGAGCAAUAUGAAGUCACGGUAUACUACAGAAUUUCAUGAGCUAGAGAAAAUUGGCUCUGGAGAAUUCGGUUCUGUGUUUAAGUGUGUGAAAAGGCUGGAUGGAUGUAUUUAUGCCAUUAAGCGAUCAAAAAAGCCACUGGCCGGCUCUGUUGAUGAGCAGAAUGCUUUGAGAGAAGUAUAUGCUCAUGCAGUACUUGGACAGCAUUCUCACGUAGUGCGAUAUUUCUCUGCGUGGGCAGAAGAUGAUCAUAUGCUUAUACAGAAUGAAUAUUGUAAUGGUGGAAGUUUAGCUGAUGCUAUCAGUGAAAACUAUAGAAGCAUGAGUUACUUUACGGAAGUAGACCUCAAGGAUCUCCUUUCGCAAGUUGGCCGGGGCUUGAGGUAUAUUCAUUCAAUGUCUUUGGUGCACAUGGAUAUAAAACCUAGUAAUAUUUUUAUAUCUCGAACCUCAAUUCCAAAUGCUGCCUCUGAAGAAGGAGAUGAAGAUGAUUUGGUAUCCAACAAAGUAAUAUUUAAAAUAGGGGAUCUUGGGCAUGUAACAAGGAUUUCUAGUCCACAAGUUGAAGAGGGUGAUAGUCGUUUUCUUGCAAAUGAAGUUUUACAGGAGAAUUAUACUCACCUACCAAAAGCGGAUAUUUUUGCCCUUGCCCUCACAGUGGUAUGUGCUGCUGGUGCUGAACCUCUUCCAAGAAAUGGUGACCAAUGGCAUGAGAUCAGACAGGGUAGAUUACCUCGGAUACCACAAGUGCUUUCUCAAGAAUUUAUAGAGUUGCUAAAAAUUAUGAUUCAUCCAGAUCCAGAGAGAAGACCUUCAGCAAUGGCACUGGUGAAGCAUUCAGUAUUGCUAUCUGCUUCAAGAAAGAGUGCAGAACAAUUACGAAUAGAAUUGAAUGCUGAAAAGUUCAAAAAUUCACUUUUGCAGAAAGAACUCAAGAAAGCCCAGAUGGCAAAAGCUGCAGCUGAGGAAAGAGCACUCUUCACUGACCGGAUGGCCACUAGGUCCACCACCCAGAGUAGUAGAACAUCUCGACUUAUUGGAAAGAAAAUGAACCGCUCUGUCAGCCUUACUAUAUACUGAACUACUUAUUUCCCACCUCCCCCAAAAAACUGUGAGAAGAGGAAGCUAGGUUUAAAUCACUGCUAGAAUCCAGUUUGCAAUUACCUUUUUUUUUUUUUUUUUGA